AUGCGCACUCAACUCCUCCUAACCCUCCUCUCCGCCAACCUCGCAACCUCCUCCUCCCCAUUCUACACCGAGCCCCAAUACCCCUUCAUCGAGACCGAGGACGUCCCCGAUCCCAUCGCCGGCACUGGCACCGGCUCCGGUCCCAACAAUGCAGCCUCCUCCUUUAAAUGCGACCUACCGCCCCCCGUAGCCCCCUCCGAUGGCCUCCCCUCCGCCCGCGACCUCUUCACCUCCAAAGCCGCCGUCCAAAAACAAGUCGAGCGGCACACAGCCCUCGUCCGCGUCCCGUCAAUCUGCUACGACGACCUAGGUGACUUUGACAAGGACGAGCGCUGGAACGUGUUUUACGAACUUCAUGACGUGUUGAAGAAGACGUACCCCGUCUUCCACGCCCGCUCAACCCUCCAAAAAGUAAACACCUUCGGCCUAGUCUACACCCUCCCCGGCUCCAACCCCUCCCUCAAACCCCUCCUCCUCGCAGCCCACCAAGACGUCGUCCCCGUAGCCGACGCCGCCACCUGGACAUACCCGCCCUUCUCCGCCCACUACGACGGCGAAUGGAUGUGGGGCCGCGGCGUCUCGGACGACAAGAACUCCUUCACGGCCCUCCUCUCCGCCCUCGAGACUCUCUUGUCUUUCAAGGACACUGACGGCUCCGGCAACUACGCCUGGACGCCAACCCGCACCAUCAUCCUCGCCUCCGGCUUCGACGAAGAGUGCUCCGGCGCCCGCGGCGCAGGCCACAUCGCAACGCACCUCCAACAGACAUGGGGCAACGACAGCAUGGCCCUCGUCCUCGACGAAGGCGGCAUGGGCCUCCAACAACUCGACUCCGGCACGCUCUACGCCCUGCCAGCCGUCAUGGAAAAAGGCCACGUCGACAUCUGGAUCAAUCUCCACGUAACAGGAGGCCACUCCUCCGUCCCCUUCCCCCACACCGGCAUCGGCAUCGUCUCCGAAAUGGUCGUCGCCCUCGAAUCGAACCCCUACGCCCCGCAACUCACAACCUCCUCCCCCUUGUACGAGCACAUGGUCUGCCAGGCGCGCUACUCGCCCCUCGCCCAGCCCAAAAUCACACAGCUCCUGGAGGAGGGCGACCUCGACGCCCUCGCGGCGGAGCUCAUCUCCAUCGAUAGGCCGACGCACUACCGCCUCCAAACCUCGCAGAGCGUAGAUUACUUCCAAGCCGGCCAAAAGAUCAACGCCAUGCCGGAAAAGAUCAGAGUCGGCGUAAACUACCGCGUCGCGCCGCAGAACAGCAUCCCCAAGAUCCAGCACAAUGUCGUAAAGUACAUUAGCAGCAUCGCCGAAAAGUACGGCAUCAAGAUCAAGGCGUUCGAGGGCGACGAGGAGUACGCAAAGUACGCUGCGCUGCACGCGUCAAAGGACGUUGGGUCGACGAAGAAGCUCGAGGAUGGCGUGAAGCCCCUGUACGACGUCGACUACAACGGCACGUUGUUCCUCAGCCGCACCCAGGCGACGCUGCCUGCGCCCAUCUCGCCUACCACGGGCCCGAUCUGGGACCUCUUCUCGGGAACGCUGCAGUCCAGCUUCCAGUUUGAUGGUGGCAAAGUCGUGCCUGUGGGCGAGCUGAUGACGGGAAACACCGACACGAGGCACUACCUGAGUCUUACACGUAAUGUCUACCGUUUCGUGCCCAUCCGCAAUGGGUACACCAUCAAUGCCCACACCAUCGAUGAGAGGAUCAAAUUCGACGCGCACAUGGAGAUACUGAGAUUCUACUACGAUCUCAUUCGCAACUUUGAUGCCGCGGACGUCUAG